UGCGAGGAGCAGAAGUGUGAGGAGGAGGUCUUCCCCCUGGCCAUGAAUUACGUGGAUCGCUACCUGUCGUCGGUCCGCGUGCGGAAGAAUCACCUGCAGCUUCUGGGAGCCGUCUGCAUGCUCCUGGCGUCCAAACUGCGAGAAACCCUGCCCCUGACCGUGGAGAAACUCUGCAUUUACACGGACAACUCCAUCACGCCUCAGCAGCUCCUGGCCUGGGAGAUUCUAGUCCUGGAGCAGCUGAAGUGGGACCUGGUGUCGGUGAUCGCGAACGAUUUCUUGGCUCACAUCCUCCACCGCCUCCCGCUGCCCAAGGACAAGAUGGAGCUGGUGAAGAAACACGCGCAGACCUUCAUCGCCCUGUGCGCCACGGACCACACCUUCACCCUGUACCCCCCCUCCAUGAUCGCGACGGGCAGCAUCGGAGCGGCGAUCCACGGCCUGACCAUCUCGGUGGACGACUUCAGCGGCGAGGCCAUCACCGAGCUGCUGGCCAGCAUCACCGGCACCGAGGUG